AUGGACGAAUCAGCUCUAGAGUCCCACUACAACUCUUGGACAGCUAUUGGGCAAACCUCCAACCAACUCAUCCUGUAUCAUCCACCUUCUCACGCACUCCAAGUCCAACCUCAUCCUUCUUCUUCCUCUACUAGGGUCGAUUCCAGCGCGAACGUCGAACCAUCCAGGAGGAGACCACUUAGACUUCUCGGUGGCCUGAGUGAUAGCGAAGUACCUAUAGAAAGUAUAACGACUGUCCCUCACUGUCCCUAUUGUUCACAGCCCCUGCCAGCAAUCACCACUGCCGACCCUCAUUCUACCCCUCAUCCCAGUCAUGAGGCAGAUGACACCAGAGGAAGACUGGGUAAACAGAAGUAUUUCCGUAUCCUCGAACAAGCUCACGAAGGCUCGAGACCCCCUUCUCCCACACCCUCCACACCGUCUACACCGAGGAAGCGGUACAAAACCCCAUUAAUGGAACAGGAUGAGGAUGAUGAAUUGGACGAAGCUGAUUUCCCAGCUAGAGGGUACUAUGAUAGAUUCUUUCGAGAGGAAUGUAAGCUCGGUAUGGGUGCUGAAGGAAGUGUGUUUUUGGCUACUCAUGUCAUUGGCGGGAAUGUCCUGGGAACGUAUGCUGUAAAGAAAAUAGCAGUGGGAAGAUCCAAAUCGUACUUGUUCAAGAUGUUAAGAGAGGUCAGACUGUUAGAGGCUCUGAGACACCCCAAUAUAAUACCGUAUCAUCAUUCAUGGAUAGAUGUGACUAGGUUCUCCAACUUCGGUCCACCUAUCGUGGCUCUCCACGUCUUAAUGCAAUACGCAACAGCAGGCAACCUCGAUACCUACCUCCUUACUCGAUCACAUACCAAUCAACCUCGACCAGACCUGUCCGCAGGGGAUAUAGCAGAUUCAGAAUCUCUCGGACAAUUACCGAAGGCAGAACGGAUAAAAGCUUUCAAAAGACGUAGACAGAGUGCAGCGGAAGGUACGGCAGGAAAUAGAAAAAGAAGGAUGAAAGAGAUGAGAGGGGUGUUAUUAUUAGGUAUGGAGGAGAUCAUGAAGCUAUUUGGGGAUGUGGUGGAGGGAUUGGCUUUUCUUCACGCAAAUUCAAUUCUCCAUCUGGAUUUGAAAUGCUCGAAUGUCCUUCUGCAUUGGGAAGAGGGACAACUCAUCCCUAAAGCCCUAAUAUCUGACUUCGGUACCUCUGAAGAGAUGCUACGGGGCAAAAGGGAAAGAACAGGUCAUACGGGGACUAUGGAAUACAUGGCACCUGAAACCCUCAUACAGGAUACUCAUGGCAAUUGGAGACCUUCAGACUCCCAUGCUGAUAUGUGGUCAUUGGGGAUGAUCCUACACAAAAUGUUAUUCCUCCAUCUACCAUAUCCCGAUACAGAGGAUUACGAUGCUUUGCAUAAGGAGAUCAUUGCUUAUCCAGGGUUUAUACCUACUACCGAGAUCAUCCAAUCUCUCGAAAGGCGCCACAUACCGAGAGACCUUCUGGUCCUGCUCAGUAAGUUGGAAAGUCUUGUACCUGAAGACCGACCAGGUGCAGAGAAAGUCAGGGCGAGAUUGAAGAAUCUUGAAAACAAGAUUCGCUCCACUCCGUCUACGUUAUCUUCUAAGGCUGGUGAAUUGGUUAGAAGAUUCGCUUCCCCCUGGACUUUCGAAAAUCCAUCAGAGGAUCAAGCUGAACGAAACCCUCCACAAUCAUAUUCACCAGUCAAGACUAUCUUGGCAUUACCCAGUCCUGAGGCUGAGAGGGUGGUAGAACCUUUCGAGACAGGAUUUCAUAGUCCUUCUCCUGAUACAACUACUACUGUCACGCGUAAAUCAUUACACGGAUCACUCGUGAGGUCUGGGCUGAAUAGAAGAACCGGAGUGAAGGCCAUAAGGAUUAUAGUGUUUACAAUCAAAGUGAUGUCACUUCAACCCAGCGUCGUCAACCGACCUAUCCCGUUAUCUUACAUGGUACUCUUAUUGGUUCUGGCGAUAUUCGAAUUGGUCGGUGAAAUUCCCCUAGGCUGGUCUGUAUUGUUAGGUACGGUACACGUCGGUGUACUGACACAUCAGACCUUCGUUGAUGGUAAAUAG